UAAUUUAAUUGUACAUCAAUACGUCAGCCAACGAAUUUUGUGUUAAAAAUGUUAAUAAAACGGUUGUUGUCCUAGUAAAGUAUGGCACUGCUGAACCGUCUAUUUUCAUCUAAAAGGAAACAACAACCUGAUAAAGGUUAUGGUGUUCCUGUUUCUUCGCCAUCCAACAGUAAAGUAUUUGACUUUAACAAGGAUCAAGUAAGGGUAUUACUUUUUCGAGAAUGUGAGCACAGGGGAAGAAAACUGCUAUUUGAUUCUAAGGCCGUGAAAAAAAUACCUUUACCUAGUUUGUUACAAUGCAGCAGGCUGAGAAAAGGUGUAAAGGCCGAAGACUUGAGAAAAGCAGAUGCUUUUGUCGAAAUCUCCAAUGGAUUUGGCUACCAGUACACCCGCCCAUCCUCAGAUGUGAAAUCACUAGGUGAAAUGAUUUUUGGCUCUGUUGCCAUGGUCCUCCGUGGAUCUUCAUUUAAGGUUCAUACGGGUGGUACUCCUCCAGUAUUAAUGCUCACUAAAGUUGCCAACUCCCCUUCAAAGAGAGAGAGCGAUCGAGGUCUAGAAGAUUCAUAUGGCAGUUCUAUCAAUUCAAUGAAUGAAUAUCUUGGUGGAGGAAGUAGUAGCUCUGACUCCAAAAUAUCUUCAUUGGCUGGUUCAUGUCCUCUGGAUGUUCCCCUUCCAAGUAGCCUAAAAAUUGGAACAGUCUUUGCAAGAAAUGAUAGAUCAAGUCAUCUUGGGAGUUUGGAGGCUGACAGUGGUUGCUACACAAAUAGUGAUACUAGUGUUACAGGAAUUCUACCCAACGGCUCAUAUAAUGCUGCCCUUUCUAGUCCAGAUUCUCGGAAAGGCUCUGGUGGGAGUUUGUCCAGCUUAAGAAGAAGAUGGCUUCGCACGGCAAGCACCUCCCUUGACCUUGACUCAAAUCAAAGUUUGACUCAAACAGAUUCAAUUACUUCAUGUGGUUCCCUACCUACCAAUUGUGAUGACAAACCUCUCAGAAAAGCUAAACUGGGAAUUGCUGUAAUAAUUAGUCUUUCACAUCAUCAACAACAGCAAAUGCAAACAUUUUUUCUGGAACAUGCAGCCUUAUUGGAAAGUAUGAUGGUUCGUCUUAAUGCUGCUGUGGAACGAGCUUAUUCUCGAAAGGAGCUGUUUGUUUCAAUGAUGUAUGAUGCUAGUAGUGAUAUUGAGCAAAACAUUGAGGACCUAUUAAUUGGUCCCCGAUUAGCAAUGCCCAUGUGGUUAGGUUUGCUCUCUGCUAACAGCCAAUAUGCAUCUCUUGCCACUAGUUUUAUGCAAGAACUGAGCCAAAUGCUUGACAUGUUUGAAACAAAGGAUUCCCACUUUUUUAUGAGUACCCUUGUGACAGCAGUCUUAACUCACCAUUUGGGUUGGGUUCCAACUGUCACCCCUGGAUUGCAACUUUGUGUGAGGCAAUCCAGUUUAGAUGGCACCCCAUCACAUUGCAAUUUGUCUGACCUUUCAAAAAUGCAUCCAUACAACCCAUUAUGGGCCCAAGCCAUGGACUUGUAUGGGGGCCUUGGUCAUCCUCUUAAAACUGUUCGAACUAUUAUCAUGUCUGUAACGUCAAACAAAAGUCGCAUUGAAACUAUUGAAAGGUUGCUGCGCACAAUUUCUUACUUUAUACGGUGUGCAGCCAUUGAACGUCUUGAACCCAAGCUGGAAGAAUCUGAUUUUAAAUCCAGCCUAAGUCAGUAUUCAUCAACCACUAAAACUGAGCAAAUGAUUACUCUCUCAGUUGAUGACCGCACUUCAUCUUCUUCUACUCUUAGACCAAUGAGUGGAAAAUGCUCUCCUCUUCUUAAUGUUGGUCAAAUUUCUACACCAGUAAAUGCAAGUGAAGUCUCAAACAGUUAUCUCCAUAAAGGGAAAUGUUGCAAUGUUAUGGACAGUAUCUCUUCCAAAAGUGAAACUUGUCUUGAAGCAAAGCCAAUUAAGUCUGAAUCCUUAUUUAAACAGCCAUCUAGUAUGGGGCUAAGAAGAACUAUGAGCUACUCUUCUAAAAUGACUUCCUGUGCUUUUGCUGAAACUUUGAACUAUAAAGACAAGCCAAGUCACUUUUCAGUAAGUAAUAGAAAUAAAAGAGAUACUUCUUCCAUUGAAAUUGUGCCAGACAGAAUUGCUGCCCCUGCAAGCUCAUUUGGAACAAGUUGUCCAAAUCAGAAUUCUUCCCCUGACCCUCCUUCUCCCUUAGAUAAAGUAAUAUUUGUACUUGGAGAAAAUGAAGACUUAGUUGGAUUGAAAGAAAGGAAAAGAAGUGUUGAAGAUACUGAUUUUAAAAGUACAAUUCAAGGAAAAAUCAAGCAACAGGAACAACCACUAAGCUUCUCUGGUAGUGAAGUAGAAAGUGGAUUUUCAGAGUGCGAAUCAUUUGAACUUUCACCAGUACGCACUGCCUGUGGGAACUUAUUAAAUUCAAAUGGUGCUGCAAUGGAAACCACUAUGUUGGCAUUUAGUCCUACUGUGGUUACAAAAUUAACUUCGAAAAAUGAAAAGAAUGCUGGAAAUUUAAGUACUCUUCAGCCUGCGUUUAUUAAAAGUGAUCUCAAAACCGAAGGUGUCUCUGUGAACUCAGCAAAUUUGCGAUCUCUUGCUAGAUCAUUAAGUGUUAAUCUUCCUGUAUGUCUCAAGUCUAUAAAACACGAAUCCUGUGCACUAGAUAUGUGUGUGGUCUGUGGAAAAUCUAUUAUAGAUGCUGAGAGUAAAGAAAAUUUUUAUCCUUUCAAAGAAAGUAAACAGAUACUAAAUAAAAAAAGCAUGAAAAAGCUGAGAAGAGCUCAUAGUUCUUUCUGUGUCCAAAGCCAGAGUAGGAAGACACUGAAAAGCAUCAUAACAUGUCAAAAUUGCAGUGUUGAUAAAGAAGAACCAUCUGCUUUGGAGAGUAAUUCUUUCCUUCAUGACAGUAAACAAACUAUGAAUCUGUCAUCACAUAAUUUUAAAAAGCCAGAGUUAAUAUCAUCCAAUAUUUUUGAGCUUCCUCUUCCCAAGUGUGAUCAAGUUUCUGAUGGUGUUUCUGAGUGGGGAAUAGCUAAUUCUUUGUUCGGAGGAGUGUCUUCACACUACAUACCAGAGAGGAUUUUGCAGGGUUGUAGUGCUCUUGCAUCAGGAUGGGAGAUCACAUUGAAACGGGAUUUAGCACUUGAUGCUCAGCAUCCAACUUUGGACUCUGGUCUUUCUGAGGCUGUUGCUAUUGUUGCCAAUGUUGAUUCCUGUGAAGUGCAGCUCAUCUCCAGCCACACUUAUGUUGUUGAUAGACCUGGAACUUUAGGCAUUCGUGUAGGAUUAUCACAACUAGUAGCGAACAUGCUUGAAUCUGUCUAUCAUAUGUGGAAACUGCGUACUGCUCCUGAUUUCUGCUUGUCAUUUUUGGAAAGCAGACUUCAGGAAAUACUACUACGCAGUCAAGCUCUUUCAGAACUGCUACUCUCUACACAAUUCUGUGAUAUUGAUAAUCUUACGUCCUCUCUUUCUCUGGAACCAAAUGAUGUCCCUCUUCUUUUAGCUGUGGCAUCAACACAUACGCCAGAAGUUACUCAAAGAUAUGGUUUGGCUUUAAGAUAACAAAGUAUAGAAUUACUGACUGUCUUUAUUUAACCUAUCUUCUGAGUUUCUUCUGUCAAUUUAUUUCAGUAUGUAGGAGAAUGCACUUUUUCCUUUAUGUUUUAGAAAAUGUGUGAUAGUUUGUUUCUUUUUCUCUUGAAACUAUAGACUGAUAAUUUUAAAGUCAGACGAACUAUAAGUCCAGUAUACUAAAAACAUUCACUUUUAUGGGUCUAAUAAGCUGAUUUUAAACAGUAUGUAUUGAGAGAAUUUUUUAAAAAAGAAAUGGAAACUAAUACAUUACAACACUUGUAAAUAGACAUUACUGGUUUUUUUUUCAACUGGUGUCUUUGUGUUUUGUUAUAACAACAUUCCUCAAUAAGUAAAAAUAUUAUGAAGACUCGGAUGAAGAUAAUAAUUCUCAAAGCUAUCUGAAGGCAACAUGUGUCCUACAAAGAAUAAAAGAACUGAUUAUCUAUCCUAAAAACAGACAGGGUCAGUAUAAGCUAGCGUUUGGUUUUUUUACUAUUAUCAGUAUUUGUACUUAUUGUUAGCUCGAAGUCACUAAAUUAAUAGAGUAAUCGUAACAUAUAAUCCUCCAUCUUGUAUGCAUAUAUGGUUGAAAUUUCAGCUAUUCUAUCAGCUCAGUCAAACUACUGUUUUUGUAUGUUAGUGAAUAAGUAUCUAACACUAUGCUCUUAUGUAUUUAUUGAAACUAAUUUUUAGUUUGGUGUGACCGAUUCAGCCAUAUCUGUUAUAGCAAAUGGCCUUGCAGUGUUAGCUGUCGACAACUAUGUGAUAUCCCCUCCCCUUUUUAUUUUAUUGUUUGUUAUAUGUUUUUUGUUUUCUUUUAUUUGUUGCAUCUUGGGGGAAUGUCAGUCACAUAAUAUAUUCACUUGUUUGGCCAAAAUGGCAUCAAUUUUUGGGGUUUUAAAAUUUGUUGCCCAUUUUCACAGUAUCUACUGAUCUCAUAUUUCAAUAAUCUUUUUCAUCCAAUAAGUAUAUUUUUGCAGCAUUAUUUCUUUUUGUUGUGUGUGCGUGUGUGUCUGUGUUUGUGUCUGUGUGUAGGGGGUGGGGGAGGGGGUAGAUAGACAUGAAAGUUAUUCUAAUUUUUGUGGUGUUUUUUUUUUCGUUUUUUUUCUUUUAUAAGCCAAUGGCAAUAUGUGUGAUAGCGGCUGUGUUUUCAAUUUUUGCGAUAAUACAAGCAAUAAGAAAUGGGUUGAGGAGCUGUUCUUUUGAAAAGCUAUACAUUUAAUCAAGCAGAGGAAUGUUUCCUGGUAAUGCAAGUCUCUGAACCAAAGUACUUUAUUUUUGCAUCUAUUUGGGACCAUACUCACUGAUCCUUAAAUAGCUACUCAAGCCCAUUGUAUAAGUGCAGUCGAAAUGCUUUCAGUUCAUUGAUUUCGUUUUUGUUCAUUUGUGAUUUUAUCUAGGUACACUUCAUACAAGUUCCUACAGGCAGUAUAAGGCUGCAGUUACGGUUAGCUUUUUACAUGUGUUAAGUAUUUUAGUGAUGUUUAAAAACAUAAUAAAACAAAAAACUGUGGAAAAUAAUGUGUGGGGGUUUCUUGAUUAAGGAUAAACUUUUGAAGUAUUAAAUUGUAAAAAAUAUGGUGAUAA